AUGAUUCACGAAUAUUUCAUGUGUAAAUAUACUGAAUGGGACAUCAUCAAGUUUUUAGAACAAUGCAACCUGAAUACAUUUGGAAAAAAAAUAGAAUGUUAUCUUUUGUCUCUAGAAGAAAUUGUGCAAAAGGAGAAAGGUAGAAGGAACUUAAAAGCAAGAGAACUCUUAAAUGAUUACAAAAAGGCAGCUUCUCUCUAUCAUAGUCUUCGAGACGAGCCACAAAGCUAUGUUGGAGAGCAGGGGGGCAUCUACUCAGAUCGCCAUUGUGCGAGGAAAGCAGAGAUAGAAAGAUGUUCAAUUGAAAAAACCCCAAUUCGGAUCUACAAUUCCAAUAUCACAGGAGUUAGAACCUUUAAAGGUGGGAUGGAAACCAUAAAUGGAGGAAUUUUUGGUGUUAAUUUUUCAGAAGCCAUUGAUGAUUUGCCUAAAAAAAGAGAUGGAAAAGAAGAAAUAGCAAUAAUAAAAAAAGUGAACAACAAGGUAAAUGUUGAUGAUAAUGAAAAUCUUCAAGAUGUUUUAGAAGACAAAUCUUCUGAGUUUGAAAUGGAUGAAAAUCAAUCAAAUGUUAAUUCUAAUGAAGAAGAUGGAGUAGAAAGUGAAGAAUAUGAGAAAGAAGAUCAGGAAAGUAAUGAAAACGAAAAAGAGACUUGUGUUAAAGUUGAUAAGAAUGCAUUUCGUCUAGCAUUUGAAAAAACACCAGAAUCAUCUAAAUUAAAAUUAACUUCUGGAAAAGUAGUUGAAGACAUACUUUUUAAUUAUGUAAAGGAUCAUGAUUAUGAACAGUUAAAGAUGAAAGCGUUGUUCAAUAGCGAAGAUUGGAUGGAAUUGACCAAAGAUCAUUUAGGCACUCCUGCGGUUCCA